GGAUUCCUGGGAUCAAGCGUCUCGCUGCCGCUGGAUUGACUUCUAAAGAGUCAUAUUACCCGAGGAAGAAGCACAGGAGAGGAAAAGAGAGGAUUCAGGAAUGGCUCUUACUCAGAGGCCUUUGACAUUCAGGGAUGUGGCCAUAGAAUUCUCUCAGGAGGAGUGGGAGUGCCUGGACCCUGCUCAGAGGGCUUUGUACACGGACGUGAUGUUGGAGAACUACAGGAACCUGGUCUCCCUGGGAAUCUCUCUUUGUCACCCAAGUGUUUUCUCCAUGUUGGAACAAGAGAAUGAGCCCUGGACUCUGGAGAAUAAAGUGAAAACAGCAAGAAACCCAGGUGUGGGGGAAUGGAUGCAAGGUGCGAUUUCAGGCAUCUCUUCUGCACGUGUGAUAAAUGAAUUGCCACCUAAAGAGAAUAAUGCAGCAGAAAUAUCCCCCACGGUGAUAUUGGAAAGGCACCAAAGCCAUGUCAUUGAAGACUUUUGCUUUAGGGAAAUCCAGAAGAAUAUACAUAACUUUGAGUGUCAGUGGAGAGAUGUUGAAAGACAUUCCAGUGGGAUCCAUAUGACCCCUCAGGGAAAUCUCACUGGUAGGAGAGAUCAACAUGGUAGGAAGGAUUCAGGAAAUAAACUUACUAAUACUCAACUGAGAUUGAACAUCCAGUCACAACCAGUAGAACUGCAGCUAUUUAAUGGUGAAAAGAAAAUUUAUGAAUGUAAUCCCAUGAAGAAGUCUGUCAACAAUGAUUUCUUGGUUUUGCCACCCCACAGAAUUCCUUCUACUAUCAAACCCCACCUUCCUCAUGAAUAUGAGUAUGAUCUUAUGGAUGCAUUCUUCACACAAAGACAGAAAGCUUACCUAGGGACAGAACAUUACAAAUGUAAUGAGUGUGGUGAGGCCUUUAAUCAAGGCUUACAUUUCACUAUUCAUCAAAUAAUGCAUGCAGAAGAGAAACAAUUUAAAUGUGAUAUACCUGCCAAGGUCUUCAAUAACAAAACAAAUCUUGCAAGUCCUCGGAGAAUACGUGGUGGAGAGAAACCUUAUAAAUGUAAUGCAUGUGGCAGGGGCUUCAGUCAUGAGUCAUCCCUAGCAAAUCACUGGAGAAUUCAUAAUGGAGAGAAACCUUACAAAUGUAAUGAAUGUGGAAAAGUAUUUCAUCGAAUUUCAAACCUUGCACAACAUCAAAUCAUUCACACUGGAGAGAAACCUUACAAAUGUAAUGAAUGUGGAAAGGUCUUCAAUCACAUGUCAUACCUUGCACAACAUCGGAGAAUUCAUACUGGAGAGAAACCUUACAAGUGUAAUGAAUGUGGCAAGGUCUUCAAUCAGAUGUCAAACCUGGCACAACAUCGUUCAAUUCAUACUGGAGAGAAACCUUACAAAUGUAAUGAUUGUGGAAAGGUCUUCCGUCAAAGUUCAGUCCUUGCACAACAUCGGACAAUUCACACAGGAGAGAAACCUUACAAAUGUAAUGAAUGUGGCAAGGUGUUCAGUCAGAAUUCACACUUUGCAAAUCAUCGAAGGAUUCAUACUGGAGAGAAACCUUACAAAUGCAAUGAAUGCGGCAAGGUCUUCAAUCAAAGUUCACACCUUGCACAACAUCGGAGAAUUCACACUGGAGAGAAACCUUACAAAUGUAAUGAAUGUGGCAAGUUAUUCAGUCGCAAUUCAUACCUUGUGCGACAUCUAAUAAUUCAUACUGGUGAGAAACCUUAUAAAUGUAAUUAAUGAAUGUGGCAACAUAUGCUGUCAAAUUCACACUUUGCAAGUCAUUGAGGAAUUCAAACUGGAGAGAAACCUUGCAAAUGUAAUGAACGUGGCAAGGUGUUCAGUCAGAAUUCAUAACUUGUAGAACAUAUACUCCAUAUGGGAGAGAAACCUUAGAAAUGUAAUGAAUGUGGCAGGGUAUUUAGUCAAAAUUUAUACCUUGUGCAACACCUAAUAAUUCAUAACUUGUGAGAAACCUUAUAAAUAUAAUGAAAGUGGAAAUGUCUUUAGUGUAAACUCCUCCUUAGCGCUUCAUCAGCGUGUUCAUACUGGAGAGAAAUCAUACAAAUACAAGAAUUGUGGUGAAAACUUUAGCAUGCAUUGAAGCCUUAGUACUAUCACACAGUACAUAUUGGAGAAACAUUUGAAUGUAAUGAAAUGAAUGUGGCAAGUGUUUCAGUGAAAAUUUGUAGCUACCACAUCAUCAGAAAUUUUAUGUUGGGAAGAAAUCUUAUUAAUGUGACAAUUUAAUUAAUGUGGGAAGAUAAUGUUCUCAGCUUUAAGGCCUUGGAAUUCAUUGGAUAAUUCAUACUAGAAAGAAACUUGCAAGUGGGAUGAAUGUUACAAAGCCUUUAGUUGUCAUGUAGGGGGCCCAACCUUUUGACUUCUCUGGCCCACAUUGGAAGAAGAGUUGUCUUGGACCAUACAGUAAGUCCACAGACACUAAUGAAAGGUGAUGAGCAAAAAUAAAUGUCUGGGUAUAAUUUUCAUGGUAUGUGUCAUAAGGAGACAUAUGUAAAAGUCCUUACAUAAUUCUCAUAUGGCUUUUGAGCUGCAGAUUGGACACACUACAUUCAGACAUAGACCAAAGUGCAACAUUAAUUAUUCUUUACGUGGAGAUGAAUUCAAAUGUCUUCUAAAGUCUCAUUUUCCUGACUGUUCCACACCUGACAGAACAUUUUGAAAGAGAAAACAAAAGGCCUAUAAUUGAUUACAAUCUUGAUGUAAAAAGAACGUUUUACAGUCUUUCUGAGUGCAUGUAAGGUUAAUUUGAAGUAAUAGCAUAUUCCGAAAUUUUGAUGUAAGCAUAUUACUGCCAACAAAGUUUAUCUCAAAGUAUUUGAGAUUAGCUCAUCCCAUGUAUACAAGUUUUAUGAAGAACUAUAUUGUUAAUAUCUACUUUUACAAAGUUAUUGCCUUUUUAAAACCUAUAGUUGGUGACCUAACUUAUCACUGGCCUUAACCCUCCACAUCACACACCCCAGGAGUUGUCCCUGUGACAGUCUCUGAAUGAGUCUGAGGUUGACUUCCUCUGGAGCAAACAGAGAAGGGAGGUGGAAAGGUUUUCUGGUCAGUUCUGUUGGGUGUGAGCAUGAAAUUCCAUAUUCUGCCCAGAAUUUUGCAUUUCACAUUUUAGUUUGCAUCCCCAUCACAGGCAAUUCUACACGCUUUUGAAUAAAACUACUAAUACAAAUUUUGGUAGCAGGAACUUUUGUGGAUCCAAUUACUGCCUCAUACUGACCCUCCUAGAUGGAUCCCAGGGCCCAGAUCUCUGACUUCUUACAGCCUCACUAGCGGGUCUUGUCUGCAAAAUCCAGAAAACAGACAUGCUCUGGGCAGGAGGCAGAGGAAUGUGGGAUGUGCAGGCCCCACACUGCCUGGGCCUGGCAGGCAGCUGCAGAGUUUCUAAUAAACCCAGGAGAGUACAUGGAGACCAGCUGUUUUUUCCAGUACAUGUAGUGCAGCUGUUUUUUCCCACCUAUAUUAAUGCAGCAGCUGUUCCCUGAUUCCUUUCUCUGUCUUAAUUCCCAGAUGACUCAAAUUCAGCCUAUUUUAUUCCAUUGCCCCGCCUAAUCUCUCAGCUGUUUAUGAUGUAGAAUCACUUUGCACCUCCAACAUCUUAAGUUUAAACCUGGGCUUUGCACUCCUGCACCUUCUGUACCUUGGAUCUGGCAGUCCCUACAGACCUUAAAAUCCCUGUACUGCCCCCUUGACACACCUCCCUGUGAGAGUCUCAGAAUCAAGUCACUUUGGGUAAAAUCAUUCUGAGAAAGAUUUCUGCCUUCAAUCUUUCUGCCUUGAGUCAUGUACAAAGUUUGACAGUAUCAAAAAUAAGAGAGAAAAGAAAGAAAAAAAAAAAGUCACUGAGGGCCAGAUCAACUGAGUAAGGGAGGGUGUUCCAAUACAGUUAUUUGAUUACUGGGUAAAAAUUCCUUCAGAGUGCUAGGGGUCACAUUUGUUAGUAUUGUUAUUCAAUUUUUAUUAUGUCUUAUUCAAAUAUAUAUUUGUUCAUGUUUGAAUUUUGCUUGAUGUUAUACUAUGUGGUGACAAUGUUAAAGUAUAUUCCAAUUCUGUAAUCCCAGGAAAUAAUAAAAAAAGAAUUCCUUCAACCCAUGUCCUUGCUCACUAAUCUGUUUUUUCUUAAAAG